GCUAACAAUCGCUUGAUCUCGUGUAUAUAAGAGAUGAACCGGGGUGCCUUAUCAUACAAUCAGCUCAGUUGCUCUCUGAUCCUCUUCUAGAGAAUUCCUGCCUCUAAUCUUCAACAAGAUGAAAUUCUUCGCCAUCACCCUUUUCGCCAUGGCCACCGUUGCCUUGACCCAGGCUGACCCUAUCCCCGUUGAACAAGGAGUUCACGCCCCCGGCAUCACCCAUCCCGCAGGUCAGUUGGGUCACGCCGGGGACUUCGCAUCUCAGGGUUCUGGGCAAGGGUAUGGAAAGGCCGAGUCCAGCAACACCUUCAGCUUCGGUGCUCCUCUGGCUGAGUUCCAGGGCUUCCACCCAGGUGCCCAGGCAGGGCACACGGCUGCUGCCCACGCCGCCGAACAGGGUCAGACCCAGGCUCACCCUGUCUACACCAAUUAGGUUUUUAACUCAGCUGUUAUCAAUGCCUGUAAUUCUGCUGUUUCCCCUUAGUUUUUCUGUCUCUCAGAACUUUGGCAUUUCACAGAAAUUUCAAAGUCUUUAAUUAGGCGAGCGACUGAUGCUCAGCUAACAUUUAGAAGCAUCUCAUUCACGGUCUUCGAAAAGAAGUAAGUUUCAACGCUUUCUUUACGGUACAACUGAAUGCCUUUCACAAUUUCUCCGGUUGUGAAAUGUCGAACGGGCUGUCAAGUUUGUGCUGUUUUUCCAAGCCUUCAUUUGCUGUAUUCUCCAGUUUUCAGGCAAUUUAAUCUUCUUCUUAGUUUCAUUGGGAUUUGGCUUUAUAACAAAAUGUUUGAUUGCUUUUCGCUUACUUUUUUUUUUCUUAAUUUUCCUCCCAAUGGUUCCGCCAACAUGAACAAGUUCUUCGUGCUGUAAAUUUCUUCUGACGUUGCAGUAAUCUUUAACAUAACGUCUUGACUUAUUUUGCUUUUUAAUUUGAUUUAAAUUGUUUCUUGAGAACGUAAAAUGUCCCUUGUCUUAAGAAGUUCUGUUUUAUGUUUAUCAGUAUACUCUGUCUGAUUUUUUUUUACUUUAUUUUAUGCAACAAUCAACGCUUUUUCAUACAAAACUUCUGCCUUGGAAUUUGUCAUUUAUAAGUGGCUUUUUGACGGCAAAUAUUCUGGUUUCUUCAGUGAUAUAAUUUACCUUACCACUGAACCCUUGGUUCUUGCUUUAUUAAUUGCAGAGCAAUUUUGUCUCUCCUUCUCUUUCAUUUUGAUUUAUUCUUUCAAACUUUCAUUUUAACUCUUAGGAUAAAUGUGCCGGUCUUCCUUCUUCAGACAUAUCAUUGUGAAAGCUUUUUCCAUAAUGUAAAUGAUAUUUGCUUACAACUCCUAGCACAGGACACUUUAAACAUUCCCAACUUUGACAUGUGCUUAGGUGUGAAUUUCUUCUUUGAGUAUUCUAAGCAAUUUACUAGUUAUGAACUGAAUUUUGGUUUAUCAAUGUUUCUGAUAUUUUAUUGUUUUUUCUGUUAAUUUUUUGCAUUAUCUUUGAAUCAGUACCUUUAAUUUACAACUCUGUUUUGAUUUGAAAUCAUACAUGGUGUUAACGUUUGUUUGUUCUAAUAAAAAUUCUGUUAAUAGUU